AUGGUAUUAAUGCUUGAGGUUGUCAACAAUCAUAUAAUUAAAACUGGAGUUUCAAAAGGGACAGGUACUUUUGGGCGGGUUCAUCUGGUGAAAGAAAAAUCGGCCAAAUGUUACUUCGCAUUGAAAGUAAUGAGCAUCCCAGAUGUCAUUCGACUAAAACAAGAACAGCAUGUGCACAAUGAAAAAUCAGUCUUGAAAGAAUUGAAUCAUCCAUUUCUGAUCAGACUAUAUUGGACUCACCAUGAUGAACGCUUUCUAUAUAUGUUGAUGGAAUAUGUACCUGGAGGAGAACUGUUUAGUUAUCUGCGCAACAUGGGACGCUUCAAUAAUAGUACUGGACUGUUUUAUUCUGCAGAGAUUAUUUGUGCAAUAGAAUAUAUCCACUCAAAAGAAAUUGUUUACAGAGACUUAAAGCCUGAAAAUAUUUUAUUAGACAAAGAGGGGCAUAUCAAGCUUACAGAUUUUGGAUUUGCUAAAAAACUGGUUGAUAGGACGUGGACACUGUGUGGGACCCCAGAAUACCUUGCCCCAGAGGUCAUACAGAGUAAAGGUCAUGGAAGAGCAGUAGACUGGUGGGCCCUGGGAAUUCUAAUAUUUGAAAUGUUAUCUGGAUUUCCUCCAUUCUUCGAUGAUAACCCGUUUGGGAUAUAUCAGAAGAUACUUGCUGGCAAAAUAGAUUUCCCAAGACAUUUGGAUUUAUACGUUAAGGACCUUAUUAAAAAGUUGCUUGUGGUUGACAGAACAAGACGGCUAGGAAACAUGAAGAAUGGAGCAGAUGAUGUGAAGAGGCACCGAUGGUUCAGGUCUAUAGACUGGGAUGCUGUACCACAAAGAAAAUUAAAGCCUCCUAUAGUGCCGAAGGUAUCAAAUGACGGUGAUACCUCUAAUUUUGAAGCUUAUCCUGAAGAUGACUGGAACAAAACACCUCCUGUAUCUGCUAGAGACUUAGAAAUUUUCAAAAACUUUUAAGUGUGGGGGCACAGAGCUUA